AUGUUUACAUAUGUCACCAGCCUUGUGCUUUGUGUGGCACUCCUGAUACUCUAUGUCAACCAAGCAUCGCUUGAAUCCCUCUCUAAUGUCCUGUUCCGCUACGUUAGUAGGCGAGUUAACUCAUGGAAGUUUCUAUUUUCUGGCGUAUACAUGAUUACUGCAGGAUAUAAGAAGGCCGGAGGAAAAGCAUUCGAAGUCCCUGGACCAGAUCAUAACCACAUAUUUGUCAGCUCCAAAGAACACCUCGGCGAGGUCCGCAAAGCUGGCCGCGAUGAGCUAUCUAUGUUUGGUGCAACGAAACAGAUGUUCCAGCCUGCUUAUACUAUGCUUGGCCAUAAUUGGCUCGAUGAAAGAGGGGCCGAAGGAAUAGGAUACGUCAGGGCUGUUGGCACUCUGUUCCCACGGCAGCUACUCAAUAUCAUGCCCGAUAUGCAAAGAAUUAUCCGAGAAUCCUUCGAGGCAUUCCUGGAGACUCACACCUCUCAGGAAGGAACUGGGAUUGCCCCGGCGUACAAGAUGAAUAAGAAGAUCUUGACCAAACUGAACGGCUUCUGCUUCUUCGGUGAUGAACUCAGUCAAAAUGAAGAGUUUAUGGAGAAGAUCUUCGAAUACAACGAACUUGUUAUUACCGCCGCUGAAAUCCUAAGAGUGCUCCCGGAAUUCCUAAAGGGUAUCAUUGGCCCAUAUAUUGGCAGACAUACUAGCGUUCAGGAAAAGAUCUUUAACAUGAUUAACGGCCUUGUUACGCGGCGAAUGGAAGAGAAGAAACUUGUAGAAACUGGAGAGAUAUCGAGCUCGCCUCCUAAUGAUAUGAUUCAGUGGAUCAUCGAUACUGCUCCAGCAAACCUGGAAUGGGGACCACGUCGUAUUACUUACGAGAUUAUCGCCAUAUGGUUCGGUUCAGUCCAUGCUUUAUCGGCUACCGUCACUUAUGUGCUUUUCGACUUGUGUGCGCACCCAGAAUAUGUUGGGAUACUGCGAAAAGAGGUAGAGAGUUCCGCCUUCGACGAAUUCAUGAAGACAACGAAAGGUUUGCCCUUGUUGGACAGCUUCAUCAAAGAGUCUUCGCGGCUCAAUCCGAUCGAAGCCAUGUCCGGCCGGCGUCAGGCUUUGCGAGACUUCGAGUUUUCUGACGGGACUCAAGUCAAAAAGGGUGAUUGGACUUGUGUGCCAACAAGAGCAAUGCUUCAUGACGAGACAUAUUAUCCGCACGCUACUGCUUUCGAAGGAUUCCGAUUUGCACCUCCCGACAAAGUUCCAAAAGAUGAGAGAAGCUACAUUUUCCAACCCGAAGGUCCAUCUAGAUACUCGGAUCUUUCGGACAACUACCAUGCAUGGGGCAUUGGAGGGAUUGUGUGCCCAGGAAGGUUUUAUUCUUCCGUGGCCACCAAGCUGAUCUUAGCUCAUAUCCUCAAAGGAUUUGAAUGCAGCUUCAUGGACCAGCACACGGAGAUGACAUCUAUCUGGAGAUCUUACUCUCUUCCAAGGGAGGAUGUUCUAGUACAAUUCUCCCCACGUCUAGAAUAA